CAACACUGCAAAAUCUGCUUUUUUUUUUCUUCUUGAUUGACAUGUCGUCUGAAAUUUUAUUACAAAUGGCUUCCCUUUUCAUCUUCUGGCUAUCGUAAUUUCAUCGUUGGUAUGGUUUUUUAGUUGAGAUUGCAGUGUUUCAAAACGAACGUGUUCGAUUUAUUAAGAGUUGGGUACAAUUUUCAUCGCCGAUUUGUUGAAGAAUCAUGGGGAUACAAGAUCUACAAACAUUUUUAGAAAAUGAAGGAGUUGGUGUUGAUCUCUUUCGAAUCGCCAGAAAUCAAGCAGGCGGUUUUCGACUGGUGCUUGAUGCAGAAGGUUGUUUGGAUCGGUUAUAUGGUGGAUAUUUUUCAGACUGGGCUUGCGGAGGACAAUGGGCACGCUGUGUCCAGUUUCUGACAACUCUAGCUCAAGCUCUGGCUGAACACCAAGUCGCUCUCUGUGUCUGCUUUAAUGGUGCUCACCCGACCCCACCUGCUACUCCUCAGCACUGGAUGCAAACCCAAGCUACAUACAGACAAAGAGUCAAUUCAGUGUUGCGCCAUAUUGUUACAAAGGGUACACCACCACCAAAAGUAUGGUGGGUUCCUCCCACAGGAUUACAUUCCUGCCUUCGCACUGCUCUGAGAUAUCUCAAUAUACCUAUUAUGGUAUCUACAGACGAUCACUGUCAAGAAGUGGUCGGAUUGUGCAGGGAGAAAACAUAUGCUGGGCUGGUGGGGUGCUCUGGUGAAUAUUUAGUAUUUCAACCACCAAGAUAUUUCAGUUCUUCACAAUUAAAAUUAACCUAUCGGUCUUCAUUGGAAACAAAGGAAUACAUGGUUCAUGAACUACCCCAUGUGUUGGAUGUACAACAAGACAGACUGUGUCUCAUGGCAGCUCUGUUAGGAGGAACCAUUCUCUCUGAACAAAGUCUCACAGAUUUUUACAAGAGAUUGGGAAUCACACAAAAAAAGGUCUGCACUGGUACCAGUCAACAAGUACCUCCAGAGACUUUAGUGAAGAGUAUCUGUCAAUUUGUCCGCGAUCUGCCGUCCUCUGACAUUGAUGUAGCUUGCACUGAAAUAUUUGGUGACCUCAACGAUCUCCGCGCUGCCAAACUCAAGCAAGCUGUUCAGUAUUAUCUCAAUGGAACUAAAGAUGGUUUCCUCAAAUACAGGACUGCUUCCGGUCGUCGCCCAAAAAAUAACAAAAAGAAUCAGAAACCCGAUUUUAGCCCUCAAUCUACUUCAACAGAUUUAGACACUUCCAAGUUGGCAACUGAGUCGUCGGAACACGAGCAAAAAGGCUUGGAAGACUACAAAUUGGCUACAGCGAAUGCCUCCAUGAAUGCUGACUUUAACAUGGAAGAGCAAAGCUGUGAGUUGCAGCAUGCAGUAGCCGCGCUGUCGUUGGAGAGUGGUGAUGCAACAAGCAACAUGCAGUCAAAAUCAGCUAAUAAAAUAGACAAGCAGCCCGCGCCAAAAGAGGGCCGUCAAGCCGUCUCCAAGAACCUGUCUGGAGACGACAACUGCCCGGCGGCGCCCGCCGAAGUGCUGCGAACGUGUGCGGAGCGCCACGCGCGCGGCCUCAUGCACCCCAGCAUGCUGUCUAUACUCACCCACCGCCAGAUCACACUCCCGGUGCUCAUGGAGGAUGACAACCACCGUGAAAUACCCUCUAUACAUCAUUUCUUCAGACCCAUCAGGCAGAAUGUGUAUGCUAUCCUGUAUAACAUGCAUCAUCACCGCUUCAUGGCGCAGAAGGCCAAGGAGGAAGGUACAGCAAGCACGUCGGGCUUUAACGAACGCGCGUGCACAGUGCAGAUAUCCGAAUGGAUCUACUCCCGAGUGAACCCAGGCAAGAGUCCGGAGAUGGUUCCCGGAGUAGUGUUGGACUGGCCCGUGCCCACUGUACAGAGGCUCUGGUUCGGAACUGCCCAAGACGACAAAUGCCGUCGUAUGCGCGCCUUCCUCUCAUGCAUGCGGUCUGACACUCCACUGAUGCUGAACACGUCGUAUGUUCCUCAGCAUCUUCUCAUACUGGCUACAGUGCUGAGAUUCAUCAUGACAUCUCAACUGCAAAUUCUGCGAAGGCAGGAAUUGGAUGCGUUUUUAGCAACAGCUUUCUCUACUGAUCUCAUGAACGCCCUUCACUUGCAAGAAAUGACAGUGAACGGCAUAAGUUCCCGCGGCGUGCAGCUGGGCGCGCUGGUGAUGGCGGGCGCGGAGGCGGCGCUGGUCGCCAACGACGCGUGCGGCGCGCCCGUGCCCUGGCUCGUGGCGGCGCCCUGGCUCUACUUCGACGGCAAGCUGCUGCAGCGCAACCUGCAUCGCGCCAACCACUGCAAGCAUCUGGCGCAGCUCUGCGACAACCAUCUCGACACUGUCGUCAAGGUGGAACGCAUGCGGAAGGCGAUCUUGGAGGGUUUGGAAGUGGAGUUCGCGAUGCCGCCACUGCCGCUGGUAGCCGGCGUCGUCGGCGGCGGAUGGCCGCGUCCUCUUGAACAGCGCGGACGCGGUCGCGGCGCGCGGCUGGAGAUAGCGGGGGUGGUGGUGGGGCAGUGGGGGGGCGGCAGCUACCCCGCUCGCGCCGCGCGCUACCCACAGCAGGUGAGCUACGUGGGCUACACGCCGCCGCCGCGCAACUCGUACGGCGGUCGGGGGUGGCGCGGGGCGCGGGGCGGGCGCGCGCGCGGACGCGGUCGCGGCGGCGCGGGCGCGGGCGCGGGCUCGCGCGGGGGGCGCCGCGCGCGCCGCGACGACGAGCCCGCUAAGGCCACCACGCUCACCGUCAACGGAAAAACUGUGAGGCCAGAAGAAAUGACGUCACAAGUUGAUGAAGUGAACCCGCAGGAAGAUAACAUUGUUGAGAACGAAGGCGAUGGUGCACAACAACAGAAAUCGAAGACUGCAAAAAACUUAAAGAAGAAUGUCGGGAAAGGCAAGAAAAAGGGGUCCAAUCAGAAGACAAAUGUUGGUCAAAUGUUGGAUACUUUCGAUAAUAAUAAGGUGGCGGAGCAAAGCCACAAAUCUGAGAAGGAGCACAUUGGUCAAGGUGAUGCACCAGUUUCUAACUAAAUAUAUAUCCAUUUAAGGUAAUAUCCUAUGUUUGUCUCUUGAAGUAGUUUCAUAUUUUUUAUAUAUUAAAGUUGAUUUCACGUAGUUUGAGGAAAGCUUACCAUAAUAUCCAUUCAUUUUCUACACAUUUGAGUUGCUAGUGAAGUAAUAAAAGUGGUUAUUUGACCAUUCAUUAACAUUUGUGCUACCAGUCUUCACUAGCAUUCAUUUAAACUUAAAGAAUGUAACAUUUUAAACUUCUUGGGAAUAAAAUAACAUCUCAAUAGUAAUUGUUUUAGCACGUAUUUGGGUUGCAUAGCACAUUUGUGAACAGAAAAGGAACCAAAUCGAUGACACAUUUUGUUAUUGUCUGUGUGGUGAGUACCCAACAGACAUAACGUAUACGUGCCUGAGGAUCUAAAAGACUUCCCAAAUUUGAGACUGAUUUUAUAUUACUUUAAUUGACACGCGCAGUGUUCAAUUAAAUAUAAUAUUAAAGACAAACGACAACUGAGGCAAAAUUUUCGUCUCAAUAAUCCCUAAUGAGACAUUAAAACUCUUUGGAAAUUUUGAUAUUUGCGUUUCAGUACUGAGAACCUCUAGCCAUACUCAAACUAAGAUCUGUAUUUUCCAAGCAAAUAUCAAAGUCCAUUAAGAAGUAGGUUCUGUUAAUCGAGGUAGUACAAUAUCUCUUAGAAAGAUAAGAACCCAACAGCACCCGUUAAUUGACAAGUGAUAAUUAGAAAAUAUAUAUAAUAAAUUAAUGUUGGUUGUUAAGUCGUUUAAUUGAAAAGUGAGAUGGCUUAGUAAAUAAUAUGUUUUAUUUGUAAGCAUAUGAGGUACUGAGUCAGCAUUAUUUAUUUACAUAUAGUAUAUUUACAAUUUACCAAAUCAUUAUUUUUAUUUUAAGUGGUUGGUUUGGUCUAUGAAAUCCCUUGCAGCCAUGAAAUGAAGUAUUCUACAAAAAUAAGAUAAAAAUGUUGCCAAUUAAGUACAUAAAUGUAUGACGUAUUCGGCUGCCGAUUACAUAGAUGAAACCAAAUUUUUCAGACUUGUUUUGGGAUUUCUGGGUACAUUAUUUAGGCGUUGAUGUUGAGUGUAGUAUUUAUUGGAUAAAACAGUUGUCACAAAAUAUUAAUUUACCGUAAGUUUAAGGGGUUAAAAAUUUCUUGCACUUUAUAUCGGUAUGGAAUGAGAUUGAACCAAAGCGUGUCUUCUAGUCGAUAAGAGAAAGGGACCUCGUCUUGAUGAAGUUUUCUUUUAUUUCGUGUUGUUAUGCACAUACCAAUAUUCAUUAGGUAUAGAAUAGCAUAUUUAUUCACUACCAGAUAAAAUAAUUUUAUGUGUAUAGUUGUAUGUCAUAUUUUAAUUUGUAAAACUAUUAUAUACUUUGUCCUCAUAAUUUCUAGUUCCAGUAUAAAUCGCAUGAAAAUGCGUUUAGUGGUUUUUAAUUUCAUUAUACCUUAUUUCGUGACAAAUUGAUGUUUUGUGGGAACUGUAUGUUAUCCUAUAACUAUGUUUGAUGACUAAUCUAAAAAGUCCCAUAUAAUGGUGAGUGCAAAAUUCUUUAUCGUCAGCAUAAUUAUAGGAGGAGUGGUUAAAUUAGUGUAAAAGUGCAUUUAUUGAAUGACUGUUGGUGCUUUGAAAUCUGAAUGGACUGCCUGAAACGAGUCUGAAACUCGUAGAUUUAAGUCUAACGAUAGACGUUUGAUGAAACUGAGAGAACAUUCGCAAUUUGGUACUUCCAUAUCCUAUAGGGUAUUAUUUCGAUAGGAAAACUUAGAUUAUUAGUGAUAUAUUUAUAUGCAUUUUUGGAAAGGAAAUUUUGCGAAUGAUCUUCAAUGUAUAUGUAUUUUUGUAAAUUUGUUAUAUUGUUAUACUUAAAUUUAGCUGGAAUGACUAACAAAAAUAAUGAGACCAAGUCUUGCUAAGAAACUCGAUUGAGUGCAAAACUGUCACAAUUAUCAACAUUACAUUCCAUUUCGAGAGCACGAACUUUUUUUAUUGGACAGUACACGAUAGUCGAGAAUGGAACUAAAUGAAGACUUUACAAUUUUUGGAAUGCUUACCUAAACCUGGCCAGAAGAUAGACAAAUAUGUUGCUACUAUAACAUAUAAUUGAUUUUAAUAAAUCAAACAUCAGGAGUGCAUUGCACAGAUUUGCAGCAGCCACGGCGCUGUCCAUUGACUAAUUGUCAAAUAAUAAAGUAUAAAGCAUCUGACUUCGUACUGAGUACAAGUCGACCACUGGAGCAGUGGCAGAGAGUAGAGGCCUGCAGCGGCCCGUAACAGAGCGCCCGCUUGCACAAGGGCGCUCACAUUGCUAAGUAUUCGCUGGCUGUCGCUAGAUGCGACAUGCACAUUAUAUUAAACAUUUAUAUUACAUUAUUACAACCUAUAUAUUAUUGCUUGCUUAUUCAAAUGAACACGAUGUGUAGAUUAGAAUUUUAACUUCAAUGUAUUUUGAUUUCUUUAAGAAUUAUGUGUAACAUCAGUAAAAGCAUGUUAGAGAGUGGCAAUGUUUUCUCAAUAUAUUAAAUGGUUUAUAAAAUAAAAGGCACUCCCCUUUCUCUGGGUUAAUAAUUUUAAUGGGUAGUCUUUUAUUUCACCAUAUUUGAACAGUUUAAAUACUUGUCAUGUUUUAAUGUAACAUUAGUUCAAAGGAGGUAGAUUUUAUGUUUUCUUUUAAAUCCAUUACUUCGCUAUAGUUUUAGAUUCAGCAGUAUAUCUUUACUACAUUUUAUAAACUUGUUUGCUGGCAAUGGUCACUUUAAUAUUGUCAACAUAAUAUAAUCGAAAUAUAUUAGAAUACUUGUCAUGUAAUACAUAACAUUUUUCGUAAUUGAAGUAGCAAACAUGGAACUGUGGCUUUUUUGAAAACACUUAUAACUUAAGUAUGUAAACCUGCUAUGUAAAAUUUUAAAAUGUUCAUUACUAUUUCAGUUUAUGAACACAAAAAAAAUUGGAUGAAUUUAAAUUGUAAAGAGUUGUAUUUGUCUUCAAAUAAAACGUUCCAUCAUUGAAAA